CGUGGGUCCCCGCGGCCCGGCUUUCCCACACCGGGCUGAAUAAUUCAUGGCCAGGAGAAGCGGGAAUGCCCGGCCGGGGGUGCUGCGGGAAGGGCUGGCCGGGAGCCCUGCCCCGGAGAGGAGGAGGAAGGAGAAGGCUGCUCUCCUCCAGACUCUCCCCCCGCGCCUGUUCCUCGAAGCCCACGCCAUGUCCCCGCCGAGAGAGGGGUCCGGACCGCGGCUCUGCUGCGACCCCGCGGGACUCAGGAGACCCCGGUGGUCUCGGGCACCCCGGACUCCGCUGGCUGCGGGGGACCCGGGCAGAGACCGGGGUGGGGAUGGCUCCGUUCGGUUCGGUUCGGUUCUGUCCAGCCUGGCUGGAGCUGUUGGCGGUGCUGAGCGGAGCCGGCCCGGGGGGAGCGGGCAGCGCGUGUGCGGAGAGUGUGGCAAGCUGAGGUCCUGCGAGAUGUGUACAGCCAGCAGCCGCUCCCACAACAGCACCGACUGCGUCUGGGUGGGCUGCGGGACCCCCGAGGAGCCAGAAACGGGGAGCUGCGUGCAGAGAGGGUCAGCGGUGCGGGAGACCUGUGCACUCUACAACACCAGCACCCUGUGCCGAGCACUGAAGUCACACACGGAGGAGCCUCCACAAUCCCACAGCAAGGAGCCAGUGACACACUCCACAAGGACCACCACCACCACCAGCGCCCCGCUGACGGGCAGCCCUGAGUUUCACCCUCCCGGCUUCGACACAGCGAGUUUCAUCGGGGGCAUCGUGCUGGUGCUGUGCGUCCAGGCCGUCGCCUUCUUCAUCAUCAAGUUCAUCAAGUCAAAGGACAGCACCUACCAGACUCUAGAGGACAAUCAGUAGGUUCUGGGUGCCGUGGGGAGGGGGGUGUCCCCCCGCACCCCCAGAGCUUCACCCUUCGCUCGCACCUCCCCGGGCAGAGGGUGGGGCGUGGAUUUUCCCUCCUGGCUUGCAUGACGGGUGUUUUCCAGCUGGUUUCGCUGUUUCCUCUGAGCUGUUAGGGAUGGAAGGGAAGGGAAGGGGGUCCCCCCGCCCCCUUUCUGGCAUGGAGCCCCUCAGGGCUGUGGCCCCAGAGAGGUUCUUCCACCCGGGUGAGAUGUCCCCAGUGCCCCCAGCCUCACCGCAGCAGGGUGCAGCCCCUCGCCCUGAGCCUCCUUGGCAGCACGGCAACUGCAGGGCUCCCAGUCUGGCCCCAGUUUGGCCCCAGUUUGGCCCCAGUUAGCACCCAGCAGCCCCUUCCCACUCUCGGCACCCCCUGCCUCCCCACAGCCUCGAGGCUCGGGGGCUCCCCUCAUCUCCUCCUGGACUCCUGGGUGUUUUUCCCUCUGGCAUUUUGGCUGGAGCACCCAGCCGUGCCCUGACACCCCCCUGCCCGCCAGAGGAGCGGAGCCAGGGCCUUGCUGUGUGCUUUUGCUGUGCCUCUGUGUGCUCCGGGGGGGCUUGGGGGGGGGGGGUGUCCCUCUCCCCCACCCUCUUUCUGUGUGCUGUUUUGGGGAGGGGGCUGCGUGUCGUGUGCCGUGGGGUGACGCUUGUAGCUCGGGCUGCCCCCCAUUAAACUCUGCCAGGUGGUGUCUGCGUUGUGUCCGGGGGUGGCUGCGGCUGGGGGGGUGCAGGGGAUCCCCGGGGGGGCUGCGAGGGGCCGGGUGAAGCCCCCCAGGACCUUUCCUGCUACGUCUCCUCUC